AUUUGGCCCCUGCCCCCUUUCUAGCUUCAUCUCUUGCCAUGCCUUCUGCUUCCCCCAACUUCCUAUUUCCCUUCUUGGGGUGCUCCAGCACGGUCUCCCACCCAGAGUCUUUGCAUCUUCUGUUCUCCUUACUGGAAUGCUCCCAGAGGUUUCUCUACCCCUCACAUCCACCUACUUUAUUCAGGCUUUGGAGCGCAGUUCGGAUCCAGCCCAGUGUGUUUUCUUUUUUGAAGUUCGUGUCACUUCAGAUCACUUCCUCCGGUUUGAGAUUUUAUAUUUAUUAGUAUGAUUAGUUCGUUUAUUUGAUUACAGCUAUCUUCGCCCACUAGCCUGUGACUGCCCUAAGGGCACGAACCUCGCCCACCGCGUUCACCACUGCACCGAUAGCAGUCACCAAGAUGACUGGUGCACGGAGGACCGGCAAGAAAUAUCUAUUGAGUGAGUAAAACCCAAAUCGAUAACCAAAGGGGCGGAUGGACAGCGACUCAAUAGCUCAGGAGAGAUUGCUGGGCUGGAAAUAAAGAUUUGCAGUCGCUUGUAAUUCAAGUCAAGACAAAUGGAUGUGCUCCCCAAGCGCUGUGCGGACCUAAGAGAGAUUUGUAACGUGGCUCACAGGUUCUGUGCGAAGAUGCCCGGGCUCCCGCCACGUUGUGGCUCGCACAAGCCGCCGUCCCCCCAGCCCGCUGAAACCCUCACUAAAAGGCAGAAGGAGACCAAGACAACAGCCUCCAGCAGCGCCGGGACCUACCCGGCUCGGGUCCUUGCUCCCGGCCUUCCUCCAAUAGCUGCGGAGGAUGGCUCCCUGGGUGCCGCCUCUUCCGUCCACAGCGACCGGAAGUGAGGCGGGAGCGCCGGAAGUUGAUGGGAAUUUCCUGUGAGCUCGGCUUCCUCAACAUGGCAGCGCCCUUGUCAGUGGAGGUGGAGUUCGGAGGCGGCGCGGAGCUCCUUUUUGACGGCGUAAAGAAACAUCAGGUCACCUUACCUGGACAGGAGGAGCCCUGGGUCAUCCGGGACCUCCUUGUCUGGAUCAAGAAGAAUUUGCUAAAAGAGCGGCCAGAGUUGUUCAUCCAGGGAGACAGCGUGACAGGCUGCUCUCGGGCUUGUGGGUGCUUGAGGCCCCGGGCAGCCUCCCUGAUUCCAAGGAGCCAAGAGAGCCUCUGCUCCAGGACAGGCCUGUGGGAGGCCCCAGAGAGUGAGGCGGCCAGGAAUUCUGGUGCUGAUUAACGAUGCGGACUGGGAACUACUGGGCGAGCUGGACUACCAGCUGCAGGACCAGGACAGCAUCCUCUUCAUAUCCACGCUGCACGGCGGCUGAGGACCCCGCUCUGUGCCCAGGCUCCCGUGGGGUGGGGAGCAGAGCACAGUCAGACAUCCGCUGGGGCCCCGCUUCCAGGUCUCCCUGUCCCCCUUGGCCGCCUUCUUCCCGGCUCUGUCCCCCGAGCUCCCUCCAGGCAGGGAAAAGAGGCCAGGUGCUAAAAAUGAGCCUUUCUCAGGCACGUGAGUGGGGGCAGGCGGGCUCAGCCCUGCCUCCCCGACCAGCAGCCGAGGUGGGGGAGGGUACCCCUCUGGUUUGUUAUAACAGGAGGGGGCUCCCUGGCCAGGUGACCCAGCUGCUACUCCUUGUGUCUCAGUCCAAACACUGAGUGACCCCUGACGAGGCACUCUACUCCCAGGCUCUGGUGUCUUCAUGGGGAAGAUGAAUGGACCGGAAUAGCUGAUAGGAGGCCCCUCCCUUCUCCAAGAUAGGAGGAGUCUCUGCCUCAGUUUCCCCAUCUAGACAGCAGAGGGCUCUGGCUGUCCCCCACUGAUAUCAUUAUGAACCCCAGCUGGGGUCCCCUAUUCAGUGCUGACUCCCCCCUCCCAGCAGCUGCUCUCCCAACCACACCCCUCCUCCUGCUCCCCCAUCCCCAGCCCUUGACCCUGGCUGGCCUCCCCCCGCCCCCCCACCACAGGCCACCAGAUGGGCUCCUAAGACCCUCCCCCAGCAAAAGGCUGCCUGCAGCUCGUUCUGGAGAGGGAGAGCGAGGAGCAGGCAAAAGCUUGGACGGGCACAUAGAGGCCUGAGGGGUCAGAGGGCCUCAGUUUCCUCCUCAACAGCAACUGAAUAUUUAUAAGUAUCUGAAAGCAGGCGUGAUCCUUGAUGGCACAAAUGUAGGCUUCAUCUCCUUUCCCACCUCCUGCAGGAAGCAGGGUGGGGGCAGGCCGCACCUGGUAGGCAGGGUGGUUUGCCCCUCCUCCCUCUGUGCCUUCUGGAAGUCUUGGGGCCUCAGUGCCUGCAACAGCUGGCCUUGGGCAAAUAAAAGACCAGGUUGUUUACUA